UUUUUUUUUUCCUAGCAACCUCCCAGAUCAGACAAGAAAACUAAUUGACACAAUGAGACAACAUGAGGGUCUUAACUUUGACAAAGACUGGAAGCUUCUGACAAUCCUCAUAGGCAUGAAUGACAUUUGUGAUUACUGUAAAGAUAAGGCUUUGUAUACGGCGGAUAACUUCAUUCAAUUCAUGACCCUCUCUCUAGAAAUGCUUAUGAAUGAGGUUCCCCGUAUGAUCGUCAACGUGGUGCAGAUUUUGCAAAUGCAUUUUCUGAAGGAGGUGCGGAAGCCUACCCCGGGGUGCAGUCUGCAGCGGUCCUUCUGCCCGUGCCUGAUUGAGCCACUGUCCGAGUCUCCUGAACUUGAGGAGGUGGUUAAGGUCAAUCUGGAGUUCCAGAGGAGACUCGAGAAGCUGCUGCACAGCGAUCGCUUCUUCAGGAAGGAUUUUGCUGUUGUCCUGCAGCCUUUCCUCAAACAAGCCGACCCCCCACGCCUCCCGAACGGGAAGAUUGACAUGGACUUCUUCACUCACGACUGCUUCCACAUCACCAUAAAGGGACACGAGGAGCUGGCUAAAGGACUGUGGAACAACAUGUUUCAGCCUGGGGGAGGGAAAAUGAUUGUGAGGAGUUUUUCUGAACCCGUCAAGCUCAUCUGUCCACCAAAGGAACACCCGUACAUCUUCACCCGCCCGGUCAUUGCCAAGUCGAGUCCGUCUCUUCUUCACUCCAAGUCCACGUCACCGGCAGCCGUCGUCCUGCUGCUCCUGCUAUACGUGGCUUAAACGCAGAUUUCCGGUUCUGGUCAGAACUUUACUGCUACGAGAAUAAAGGCUAAAAUCAAUCAAGG